CUCCCUCUCAGUCUAGCUUAGUAUAAAUAUGGGGGAUUGGAUUUCUUUGCAAUUCCCAUCUCUCUUCAUAUAAAAAUAAAAAAAUGGUGUCUGCUGCUCUUACAUUUGGUUACUUGAUUUUCAUUUGCGUUGUGGUUGUCGUGCCUGCCCCAUGUUACUCUCAAGACGCUUUUACAUGCUCAAGAGCUACCAAUUAUGGUAGCCCAUAUUGCCAAGCAACUUCAACGGGAGUAUGCGGGUUUGGUGAAUAUGGAAGGACGGUGAAUUAUGGAAAUGUGGCUGGGGUUUCAAGGCUUUUCAGGAAUGGAAGUGGGUGUGGUGCAUGUUAUCAGGUUAGGUGCAAGGCACCCCAUUUAUGCAGCGAUGAUGGGGUAGAUGUGGUUGUGACCGACUACGGUGAGGGAGACCACACGGACUUUAUAAUGAGCCCGAGUGCCUACGCAAGGAUGGCAUGUGAUGCGGCGGCCUCGCAUGAAUUAUUCGCUUAUGGCGUGGUGGACGUAGAAUUCCGUAGAGUCCCAUGCUCAGGAGGAGGUUAUGGCAUUCUCAUCAAGAUCCAUGAGCACAGCAAAUAUCCCGACUACUUGGCCAUAGCCAUUCUCUCUGUUGCUGGAAAAAACGAUGUCUUAGCUGUUGACAUCUGGGAGGAGGAUUGCAAGGAAUGGAUAGGCAUGAGAAGGGCAUUUGGUGCUGUGUUUGACACCACCACCACACCAAGGACUACUUCCAUCAGCCUCAGGUUCCAAGUGAGUGGGAGUGCAGGGCUGACAUGGGUGGAGGCACCCAAUGCCAUCCCACCUGAUUGGAAGCUUGGGACUGCUUAUCAAUCCAACAUUGACUUCAAUUGAACUACUUACUACUCUCUCUUUCUAGCUAGGAGUGCCUAGAUAGUGGGAAAUAAGAACUCUGUAUUUUUCUUCCAUGUGAUGUGAUUGUGAGUAUAUGUGUCAUGUAUGAAUAAAAACAUAUAGUAGUAGUCCUUGUCAUUGGACUUCCUGGAUUUGCAGCACUUAUCUAGCAAGUUUGAUCUUGUACUUCCAA